AUCAGCAAACGAGACAAAAAGAGACAGCAAGUGGGGGUACGACUCAACAAACUAGAGGUGAUGUUCCGUAAUGACCGCGACAAUUUCUAUCGAAGUCUGCUUCACGAGCUUCAGACCAAACUAGCCAUGCUUCAGCAGGGCACCAAUGAAGAGCUUGUAGCGAAAAAGAUAAGGCUAGAAGAGGAACGUGACUACGAGCUCACCAAGUUGCGUCUCUGGGAAGAGUACCGAGUCAAACGAAUAGAGUCUGAGUACAAUGAGGAUCUCAGCAAAGCCAAAGACAACCACGACAAGAUGAUCAAGCUCAUCAAGGAAAAGCUCUACGACAAGCUUCAAAACCAGAUCAAACAGCUCAAAGAAGAUAAAUUGCUUCUCAAUUUAGUGAACGGAAAUUCGUGGAGCAAUUCACCAACCCAAAACGCGUCAACGGCAGCUGCCCUAUCAGCUGCUGCUGCAGCAGCGGGAAGUCUUUCACUCAACGAUAGACGUUCCUUACGAAAGCGUGAAUUGAGUUCACGCUUUACAGCUGGCGAGGCUGACGACUUAUCUGACGGUGGCUUGGGAGCAGGCUCUACCACCGGUAACGCUUCUUCCAUACCCAGUGGAUAUGUGCUGGCUACUGGCAAACGUAGACGUCUCUAUGCCACAAGAUACUCUUCUAAUGAAGAGUUGUCGCUGGGAAUCACCAGUAAUGGAGCUGCUGGAAAUCCGCCCGGAUCUUCGUACCGGAACGGAAACUCCGUGGCAGUUUCCAGUGGCUACGACUCCAAUCUCAGCGACAAAGACUACGACGCAUUGAACCUGUUGAUCAUGCACAACGAUGACGGCGGAGCUUCCUUGGUGCUAUUGGAUAAGAACUCUAGCAGCAGCAAUAAUAAUAAGCCUAAUACCAGAGGCUCGCACAAGCAGUUUGUCGGAGUACAAGGGUUGAAGCCCGAGGAGUUGAACGAAGACUUGAGUCUCUUAAGAAAUGCGAUAGUCAAGAAGGAGAAGUAA